UCUCUGCAGUGUUGGGCUGUGUGCGUGUUCUCUCCCUCUCUCUUGCUCUCUUUCUCUGAGGGCAGCGGUACUGGAAGUUGCUGCUAAAGGGUCCAAGUGGUGCAGGGAUUCAGCCCAGAUGCUCUUUAAACAGGCAGAUCUGUGGAUGCCCCACCAAGGCAAAUGCAGCAAAGAUGAGAUGACCUCAAGUUUGGGCCUGACCACAAAGAAGGCCCUCACUAUCCUGAGAGACCAGCUGUCAGCACUGCUGGAAGGGCAUCGGAAGGAAAGGAAGAAGGUGAUUUCAUGGAAGGAGGUGUGGAAGAGCAGUUUCCUGUACCAUGGUAACCGUUGUUCCUGUUUCCAUUGGCCGGGUGCAUCUCUGAUGCUGCUAGCAGUGCUGCUGCUGUUGUGCUGCUGCGGGAGCCAGCCAGAAGGGAGCCAAGGUGCUGAGAUUGUGAAUGCCUUGGCACUUCUCCUCCUCCUCCUCCUGAACCUCUUCUUGAUUGGCCGACAAGAGAGGCUGAAGCGCAGAGAGGUUGAGAGGAGGCUCCGGACUAUCAUUGACAAGAUAAACGAUACCCUAGAAAAUGGCAAAGAGCCAAAGUGGCCAGACUCCAUGUACCCAGACCUUCACAUGCCUUUCGCCCCAUCCUGGUCACUCCACUGGGCCUACAGGGAUGGUCAUCUUGUAAACCUACCCGUCAGCCUGUUAGUAGAGGGAGAUGUUAUUGCUCUGAGACCAGGGCAGGAGUCUUUUGCGUCUCUGAGAGGGAUUAAGGAUGAUGAACACAUUGUUCUGGAGCCAGGAGACUUGUUUCCUCCUUUCUCUCCUCCACCUUCCCCAAGGGGUGAAGUGAAGAAGGGACCUCAGAAUCCUCAGCUGUAUCGUCUCUUUCGUGUCCUAAAGACCCCAGUGAUUGACAAUGUCAGGUGGUGUCUGGACAUGGCUCUGUCACGUCCUGUGACAGCUCUGGAUAACGAGAGGUUCACGGUGCAGUCAGUGAUGCUGAAGUAUGCUGUUCCUAUUGUACUGGCUGGCUUCCUGAUCACCAAUGCUGUGCGCUUCAUUUUUGUGGCUCCUGGAAUUGCAUCCUGGCAGUACACUCUUCUUCAGCUGCAGGUGAAUGGUGUGUUGCCCAUCCUUCCACUGCUCUUUCCUGUCCUAUGGGUUCUUGCUACAGCCUGUGGAGAAGCCAGAGUCCUAGCCCAGAUGAGUAAGACCUCGUCCAUCUCACUGCUGAAUAAGUUUUCAGAGGACACACUCAGCAGCUACACAGAGAUGGUAUCUUCUCAGGAAAUGCUACGUUGUAUCUGGAGCCACUUUCUGUGUGUUUUAAAAGGCAAGUCUCCAACACUCAGCUUCACCUCCAGCUUACUUCACAGCCUGGGAUCUGUCACUGUGCUUUGCUGUGUAGACAAGCAGGGGAUACUAUCGUGGCCAAAUCCCAGUCCGGAGACAGUUCUGUUCUUCAGUGGGAAGGUGGAAGCCCCUAAUGAUAGCCAUGAAGACCUGACGGAUGAGCUCUCCACACACUCCUUCUGCCACCCAGAAAUCGACGAGGAGCCCCAUGAGAGAGAUGCUCUGCUCUCUGGUCCUAUGAUGGAUUUGGUCCACGUUGCCAAUGAACAGGAGAGAAACGACUGGCCUAGUGAUACCCCAAAAUCUUCUGAUGUCCAUCUCCACAGAAAGCCAAACAGCAGAAGCAAGCAUCCAUCAGGGUCCAAUGUGAGCUUCAGCAAAGACACGGAUGGAGGCGAGGAGGUGACAACCCAGGCUUGUGGUGACAGCGAGGGACUCGCAUGUGAGGCUGAAGACUUUGUGUGUGACUACCACCUCGAAAUGCUCAGCCUGUCCCAGGACCAGCAGAACCCUUCCUGUAUCCAGUUUGACGACUCCAACUGGCAGAUGCACCUAACCUCCCUGAAGCCCCUGGGCUUGAAUGUGCUGCUCAACCUCUGCAAUACCAGUGUGACAGAGCGUCUGUGCCGCUUCUCAGACCACCUCUGCAACAUUGCCCUCCAGGAGACCCACAAUGCCGUGCUGCCUGUCCAUGUGCCCUGGGGGCUCUGUGAGCUCGCCAGGCUAAUAGGUUUUACACCUGGUGCCAAAGAGCUUUUCAAGCAGGAGAAUCACUUGGCCCUGUACCGCCUGCCAACUGAUGAGAUGGUGAAGGAGACAGUACUGGGAAAACUGUCUUCCAUCACCAAAAGGAGACCGCCUUUGAGUCACAUGAUCAGCCUUUUUGUUAAGGACACCACCACCAGCACUGAGCAGAUGCUUUCUCAUGGGACAGCUGACAUAAUUCUUGAGGCCUGCACAGACUUCUGGGAUGGUGCUGAUAUCUACCCCCUCUCCGGUUCUGACAGGAAGAAAGUAUUGGAUUUCUACCAGCGAGCAUGUCUCUCAGGCUAUUGUUCUGCCUUUUCCUACAAGCCAAUGCACUGUGCCUUGUCCUCCCAGCUCAAUGGCAAGUGCAUAGAACUGGUGCAGGUCCCUGGACAGAAUGCCAUCUUCACAUCCUGUGACCUUCCUGGGACUGUGCCCAUCAAACAGAGCAGCAGGAGAAACAGCUGGAGCUCUGAUGAAGGGAUCGGGGAAGUGAUAGAGAAGGAGGAUUGUAUCCAGGCUCUGAGUGGCCAGAUCUUCAUGGGAAUGGUCUCGUCUCAGUACCAGGCCCGACUUGACAUCGUCCGCCUCAUUGAUGGGCUGGUCAAUGCCUGUAUUCGUUUUGUCUAUUUUUCCCUGGAAGAUGAACUGAAGAGUAAGGUGUUUGCUGAGAAGAUGGGGCUGGAGACUGGCUGGAACUGCCAUAUAUCCUUAACGCCCAAUGGAGAUGUGCCUGGGUCGGAGAUUCCUCCCUCUAGCCCCAGCCAUGCAGGAUCUUUGCAUGAUGACCUGAAUCAGGUCUCUCGAGAUGAUGUGGAGGGUCUUCUGCUGAUGGAAGAGGAAGGGCCCUUGGAUCUCAUCAGCUUUCAGCCAACAGACAGUGAUAUCCCCAGCUUCCUGGAGGACUGCAACAGGGUGAAUUUGCCUAGGGGGAUCCACCAGGUGAGACCUCACCUGCAGAACAUUGACAAUGUGCCUUUGCUGGUGCCUCUCUUUACGGAUUGCACCUCAGAGACCAUGUGCGAGAUGAUCAAGAUCAUGCAGGAGUACGGAGAGGUGACCUGCUGUCUGGGGAGCUCUGCCAACCUGCGGAACAGCUGCCUCUUCUUGCAGAGUGACAUCAGCAUCGCGUUGAAUCCUCUCUAUCCAUCCCGCUGCUCCUGGGAGACUUUCGGCUACACCACAAGCACUAACAUGACACAAGUCUCCGAUGACCUUACACCCCUGCAGCUCUCAGGCCAUCUCAAUAGCUUGCCCUGCUCCUUGUCCUUCCACCAGGAAGAGAGCAUCAGCAUCAUCCGACUUAUAGAACAGGCCAGGCAUGCGACAUACGGGAUCCGCAAGUGUUUCCUCUUCCUGUUGCAGUGCCAGCUCAUGCUGGUGGUCAUUCAGUUCCUCUCCUGCCUGGUGCAGCUGCCACCCAUUCUGAGCACCACAGACAUCUUAUGGCUCUCCUGUUUCUGUUACCCGCUGCUAAGUGUCUCUCUCCUGGGGAAGCCCCCCCACAGCUCCAUCAUGUCCAUGGCAACCGGGAAAAAUUUAACCUCCAUUCCUAAAAAGAGCUCCCUGCUGAAAUUCAGCCUGCCCAUCUGCUCCUGCCUCGUCUGCUUUGGAUUCACACUGCACGAGUCUUGCAAAGGGAUGAACGCCACCAGCCUCAACCUCACCUCUUGCUCCUCCAUCAUGGUGCACAGUGACGCUGACGGUGCCCCUGACUGGUUUGGAAAGUUUUCCAAUGCUCUCCUCUUAGCACAGAAGCUCACAGCUGGUCUGAUUGUUUUGCACACUGUCUUUAUAUCCAUCACCCACGUCCAUCGCACCAAACCGCUGUGGAAAAAAAGCCCCUUCACUAACAGAUGGUGGACGCUGACUGUGGGUGUCGUGUUGCUGGGACAGGUGAUGCAGACGGCUCUGGAUCUGAAGCUGUGGACAAACGUCGCCUCUCCGUUAACCUUUCACGAUGUUCACAUCUCCCUGGUCUCGUGGCUCUUGGGUUUCCACUCUCUCAUCCUCGUGGUGAUUGUCAACGAGAUCGUCAAACUCCACGAGAUCCGAGUGCGGGUCCGUUACCAAAAGAGGCAGAAGCUGCAGUUCGAAACCAAACUGGGGAUGAAUUCUCCGUUCUGAGCCCCGCCAGCAGCAGUCCUGUGGAGAUGCCGCGUGGGGCGAGGGGCGUACGCUCCCAGCCCUGCAGUCUUGACCCGUGCGGCGGGAGUGAUGGCGCUGGAGGCUUUGGAAGGCUUCCCUUCCGCACCUGGACCCAGCAGGGCUCCUAGCCAAGCAGCAACGGAACCAAGAGAAGCCACUGCCGGAGCUGUGCCCGGGAGCAGGUCUGAGGCCCCUUGCUGUGCUCCAGGGGAGCGGGCGCUCUGGCUGCCCUGCAGGCUGCUGUUCCUUUUUAGUUAUUUAUUUUUAGUACCAUGACGACCUUGAAAUGAAGCAAUUUCCCCUUGCGGAUUCUUCUCCAGGAUGAGCUGGGACCGUGCAGAUCAGGGCCCCCGGCGGGGCUGCCAGGCCUGUUGGGAGAGGCGAGAGGAUGAUGGGGGGGAAUCCAGGGCUGCUGGCGUAGGAGAUCCCCAGCCACAACCCUCCUGCUAGUUUGCCCUUUUUCUUAAAGGAUUUGAUUUCGUGGGACUCCCCAGCUCCCAUCUUGGCCGCCCUUCUCUGCGCUCCCCUGGGGCAGAGCCUCUUGUCUCCUGCAGCUCUGUGAGCGCUGCUGAUCAGAAGCAGCCUUUCUCCAACGCGGGUUCUGCUCAAGCUCCCCAGCCCCACACUGGGUGCACAUAGAAGCCUCCUCUUCUCUGUCUGCAGUGUCAGGCCUGCCCUCUAGUGGAUGGCACCUGGAGAGAGGCAUGGUCCAGUUGCGGGCUCCUGGGGUCCCAAACAUGUGGAAGUGGGGAUGGAGGCAGGUCUUUAAGCAGAGUUUGUUUGAAUCCCGCAAUAGGGUCCUGGCCCUGCUUGUUUCAGGUGGAGAGGGAGUGCCCUUUGGGGAUACAGCCAAAGCGCGCCAGCUUAAUUUUCUCAGCCUGGCCAGCUUCCGCAUGUUGCGGGGAGACUCCCUUAACGCUAGCCCCAGACAAGGCUGCUUUACAGUUGUCUCCCUCGUUUUGGUGGAUUUCUGGUCUCUUUCACUGAGACUUGCAGAUUACCCUGUCUGAGACCAAGGGCUGGGAGAGGAUGGGGGUGUUUGCAUCUGGCUAAGCGAAGCUGUCUGCCCCAGGAAAGGUGUCUGCAGUUGCCUUCGAUUUCAGGGGCCCCAGCCUUUCCUGGAAGCAGGUGUGUUGUUGACAGGCAGGUCCAGCAACAGGAUUUCCCUGCUGCUUGCGAUUGUGACUGACAAGCAGGUUGGGAAACGGCUGCCUUCCCGAUGCGGUGCUGUGGGAUCAUGUCCUUUUGUGCUAGUGUUUCAGAAUAUCCUCCUCCGAGCACCAGGUCCUCAUGGCUUCUGAUUAUAGGAAAGUUGGUUCGUUAGUGAGUAGCUCUGCCAUGCUGCGUCCCCAACCCCUCACCUACUGCCAGGGAAGCCCCCUGAACUAGGAAACAGUUUCAUGAGGGGGCUUAUCUAUCCCCGCCACAGCAUGUUGGCAUGGAUGCAGGCUACAGCGGGGGUAAAAAAGCCCCAGAGUAGAGAAGCCUGGGGUGGCAGAAGCCCCUUUGCACCUUUGCACAGAGCUGGUGCCAGCUCUGGCUGCAGACUGGAAUGUGUGAGUCUGUUUAACAGACCACUCCCGCUGCUGACACUGAGCCAGUGAUGGAAUUUACUCCUUCCCAGACUUGGAGGCCAGACCAAGUCAGGCAAAUCCUGGCUCCAUCUGUGCUCCCAUAGUAACGUCACAAAACACAGAUGUCACCUUGGGCCUGGAGCAGAGAGGAGUAGCUGUUGAUCAUUUCCUGACAGAUGGGGAAGGGUGGAGGAUCCCAAGCCAGUUCCCUGGUGCUCCACUUUGUCAGCCUUGUGUUUCAAUGAGAGCAAUAAUAAAACCAUGGAUGAUCCACAAUAUCCAAUGUGAAGUAAACAGCCCCACUGUCCCAAAUAGGGGGUGGAGGUGAGAGAAGGGGUGUUUGCACAUGCAGGCACCACUGUGUGAAUAAAUACACUGGAAUAGCUGGGGUGUGGUUUUGUGAAUGAGGGGAUGGGGUUAGUGGGCAGUUCUGCUCUGGUCCUUAGCAGUCUGUCACUGCUAGCAUGAACUUGGUCAAAUAUAGUAAGUGAAGGAGACUCUGCCUUUCCAGUGCAGUCUAGCCCAUGCCUUCACUACACUGGGGAAUUGCACCAUGUUAGACAUAUGCAUUGGUAAGCAUGAUGCUAAACAGGACUUGGCAUCUGGUACAGACAGGAACAAAGAAUGUUUUAAAAUGUGUUGGCUGAUUCUGGGAGAAUCCUGGAGUUCACCAUGUUUGAACACAACUGUAUUUGUCCAGGUUAAGGGCAAAAUCAUGCCUAGUAUCAUGUUAACUUUCUAGUUGUUCUGGUUUCCCAAUGUAGUCAAGGCCCAAAGGGGGCAACCGAAGGGAACUAACGAGGACUUUGAAAAGAUUCGUCUGCAUCCCCAAGCACAGAGUGCAGCCACGAUUAAAGCCCUCACGUCUGCAACGCUGUCAGGCUUGCAUGGGAUAACCACGCUAGGCAGCGGAGAACUCUGAUCCAUGGCCAUUAGGUAAAGCAGAGUUUUCUGUGGUUCCAGCCUGAAGUGUAACCAGGUAAAACCAGCCCCUUCAUUCUCUGUAGCUGUCUGUCUGCAUGUAGCCAGUCACGUGUGCUCACUUCCCAAACCAGACUAAGCCUUCUACUGUUUUUUACUCCUUUUAGGCCUGCAGGGCUGAGAGAGCUCCAGGAGAGUGAGUUGGAGCUGGCCCCAGGGCACAUGUUUAACUAAAUUCCAGUUGCAAAAUUGGUGAUGCCUGAGACAGCAAGAACCCAGCUUGGUUUUCAGAGCUCAAUGUGAAUUUGCAGAGUUGGCAAGUAGGAAAAAAAAUCUCCCUUUCCUUGCAAGCUGAGCUGAUUUGAACAAGAGUCAGAUGCAAACAUGUUAUUCUCCCAGAGCCCCCCUUAAAGCCGCAGAGGUCUGUUUUCAAGGAUCUGAGCACUUAGCUUGUUUCAUAGCAUGAUUUUACAGGCAGCAGCUGCCAAAGUUCAGAACUGGCCUGUCCGUUUUCUAGACCCUCAAGGGGGCGUGUCCUGUAGAUUUCCUUUUCUGUGGUAAUCACUUUGAAAAUAGCUCUCUUGGCACUCUCUCCCCUUCCCCAGGAGCCAGAAUAUUAGAAGAAUUGAGCCUUCUUGGUAGUCAUCUUUCUGCAUAGACCUGGUCACCUCACACCUUCUCCCCCCUUAGCAAGCCAGGGUUUCAGAAAGGCAUGAGUGCACGGCUUUGGAAAUGAAUUUCCGACACCGAAAUGUUUUUAAAUGGUGUAUAUUUUAUAUUGAAAAUUAAAACUUUUUGGAUGUAUGUAAAAAAAAAUUUGAUUUGUAUUAAAACUUGUAAAUUGUGUAAAAAAACCACAAGCCCCCAAUGUAUGAAUGGCAAUAAAUGAUUGUCUUUGAUACUGUGUAU